AUGAAUCGAUCCCUGGGAAUUAUUGCCGAGCCAUUGAUCAAUCUGAAGACCAUUUUCAAGUUCUUGCUAGAACACCGCCAAAAGUGUCUUCCGAUAAACAUCAGCAGACAGCCCAAGAACGGAAUUCCAGCAACUAAGUCGCGUAUAGAUAAGUACAUUGGGAUCUCCAAACUGUGUUGUCCUCUUUGCAGCAUCGUCAUGCGGACCAUUCCCGAACUGUUCAUUGUUGAAGAUAACCAUCAGAAGCACCUGGAAGGUUUCGCCGACGUCCAUGAGGCUUGGAAGCAGCUGUCAGAGGAAGAUCUCAAGCGUCCGGGGGUCGAGGGAGAGGCUGGACCCUCGAAGAAUGGGAAGUUACUUGCACGAUAG